UUUUUCUCCUUUGUUCAUGGUGAGGAACAAUAUUCCUCGUGCCCUGUUAGCACACCUGACAUCGUCAGACCAAGAAGAGGCCCAUGCUAUGGAGGUACAGGGGCAAGGGCAGGAACACCAACUACUAACAAUGGGAAAAUACACUGAAAGUCUUUAUUUAACAUUUCAGAUGAGUCCUGGUAUGAAGAUGUCGUCACCACCUGUGGAGUUGUCUUACAGCUUAGCAGAGGAAGUCACAAAAACAGAAGUGCCCUCUAAAAUAGACGUAGAUGACUUGUGUCAGCGAUGGAUGGCCUGUCAGCCAUUUUGCUGGCCAUAUGAUGAUUCUAGGGUUGAGAGGUAAACAUAU